AUGACGCGGGAAUCGGAGCCCACCCAAGACAAGAUUGUUCUAGAAACAACCUCGACAUCCUAUCCUCUUUCUCAUAAGAAGAUAGCGAUCCCGACAGAUACACCGUAUUUUGUUGACAAUGAAUUUCGACUCUCCGGUGCUGAAAAAUUUAUCGAUGUUCACGAUCCCGCUACCAACAACUUGGUGACGAGAGUUCCGCAGAUGAGCAAGCAAGAACUUCAUGAUGUGAUAAGUUCUGCGCAAAAGGCAUUCCCAUCGUGGAGAAACACAUCCGUGAUCGCCCGGCAACAGGUCAUGUUCCGCUAUGUCGGUCUUAUUCGCGAGAAUUGGGACCGACUGGCAGCUGUCAUUACCUUAGAGCAAGGGAAAACAGUCGCAGAUGCGAAGGGUGACGUUCUGCGUGGUCUCCAAGUUGCCGAGGCUGCCUGCUCUGGACCGGAGUACAUGAAAGGCGAGAUUCUGGAGGUAGCCAAAGAUAUGGAAACACGGACUUACAGAGAGCCUCUUGGUGUUGUCAGUGUCAUCUGCCCGUUCAACUUUCCUGCCAUGAUCCCACUAUGGUGCAUUCCGAUCGCGGCAAUUACAGGGAAUACUGUAGUCCUGAAACCGUCUGAGCGAGCCCCCGGAGCUGCGAUGAUUCUUGCGGAACUAGCUGAAAAGGCCGGGUUUCCAAAGGGUGUGAUCAACGUGGUCCAUGGUGCCCACGACACAGUCAACUUCUUACUCAAUGCACCCGAAAUCAAAGCGAUCAGUUUUGUUGGCAGCAACAAAGCCGGCGAAUAUAUAUACGAAAGGGGAUCUGCCAAUGGCAAAAGAGUCCAGGCCAAUCUGGGUGCGAAAAACCAUGCGCUUAUUCUUCCUGAUGCCGAUAAGGAUCAAACUCUGGAUGCCAUCGUUGCCGCGGCAUUUGGUGCCGCCGGACAGCGCUGCAUGGCGCUAUCUGUCGCUGUGCUUGUUGGAGAGACAGCAAGCUGGCUUCCAGAACUUGUGAAAAAAACGAAAGCUCUCCGUGUCAACGCAGGUUUCGAAAGUGAAUCGGAUCUAGGACCUGUGGUGACUCCGCAAAGCAAGGCACGUAUUGAGAAACUUAUCGCAAGCGCUGCCAAUGAAGGGGCCACAAUUCCUCUCGAUGGUCGCGGAUUCAAGCCGGAUCUCUAUCCGAACGGUAAUUGGGUCGGCCCGACUAUCAUCGCGGAUGUCACACCAUCUAUGGAAUGCUAUAGGGAGGAAAUAUUUGGCCCGGUGCUUUCCUGCAUUACAGUGACCUCGAUCGACGAAGGAAUUGAACUGAUCAAUGCGAACGAGUAUGGGAAUGGUGCUGCUGUCUUCACUUCGUCGGGUAUUUAUGCCGAAAGAUUCAGGAAGAAUAUUGAGGCCGGCCAGGUUGGUGUCAAUGUACCCAUUCCUGUCCCGCUACCAAUGUUCUCGUUCACUGGCAAUAAGAGGAGUGCUGCAGGUGGAGGUUCCAAUACGUUUUAUGGAAAACCAGGUGUGAACUUCUACACUCAGCUGAAGACCGUGACGUCGAAGUGGACUAGCAGGGACGUUGGGCCUUCGAAAAUGGCACUUUCGAUGCCAACGCACAGUUGA